GAUCAAAACGUCAAACAAGCGGUAAACAAAAUUAUUUCGCUGAAAAAUUCUCGAGACCUACGUAGAUUUUUGAAUCGCGUCAUAAAAUUAGUUAUUUUUGGUGGAACAAUCUCAGAAAACUACCAAUGGAAAACAUCCUGGAACCGAGCAGCUCCGACGACAACGCGCCGUCCGAGAGCAGGAAGGAUUUCCACUCGUUGCUCUCGUCGGAGGACGACUUCUUCGACGGUCCGCCAAACUCUUCGAUCAAAAUCGAACCAACUCAGCUGCAGGAGGAAAUCGUCCGCACCAGUUCCACCUCGUACUCGCUCAAAACGGACGAAUUCGAGGACAUCAUCUUUCCGGAGAUCGGGCGGGAAAGCAUCAGCAAUAGCAGCAGCUCGGUUACGCCGAUUAGCAAGGAGCAGAAAGAACUCGAACGAGCCAAGCGGAAAGAGAUGAAGAGCAAGAAAAUCAUAGAAGAGGAGGAACUGGAGAAGAUGCAAGUUCUGGUGUCGAACUUCACCGAAGAGCAACUGGACCGGUACGAGAUGUAUCGGCGGGCGGCCUUUCCCAAGGCGGCAGUCAAGCGGCUGAUGCAAACCAUAACCGGCUGUUCGGUUUCCCAGAACGUUGUCAUCGCCAUGUCCGGCAUAGCGAAGGUUUUCGUUGGCGAGGUGGUGGAGGAAGCGCUGGACGUGAUGGAGCAUACCGGCGAAACCGGCGCCAUUCAGCCGAAGUACUUGAGGGAGGCAGUGCGACGGUUACGUGCCCGCGGUCAGAUUCCCAGUGGUCGGGGGCAUAAGCAGUUCUUCAAGAUUAACUGAAUUAGUUCGUUAAGGUAAGUAGGUGGGAGGGUGAAUGUGACCUCAUUAUGCUAAGUUUUUCAUUGAAUAAAAGUUUAGUUUUAAUCUGA